UGGUCUGUCUUUCUUUCUUCACCGAUUAUAAAUGGUCAUACUUCGAUAGUCUUCAUUCAAUCCUUUCACUCCAUCUACACAGAGUAGUAUCCCAAAUUCAAAGCUAUUUUAAGCUAAUUAAGAAAGAAGAUUCAUCACUUGAAGAAAAAUGUCUAACUUAGGAACCUCAUUAUUGGUUCCUUAUGUCCAAGAGCUCGCAAAGCAGCCCAACAUAGAAGUUCCAGAACAAUAUCUUCAACCAAAUCAAGACCCUAUUAAUGUAUCAAAUACAUCUUCCUUACAACAAGUUCCAGUCAUUGACCUAAAUAAAUUGUUAUCAGAAGAUGCAACUGAGCUAGAAAACCUUGAUCAAGCAUGUAAAGAAUGGGGAUUCUUCCAGUUGAUUAAUCACGGAGUCGAUCAUUUAUUGGUGGAAAAUGUGAAGAUAGGGGUUCAAGAGUUCUUAAGUCUUCCGGUGGAAGAGAAGAAGAAAUUACGGCAAACUCCAGAAGAUAUGCAGGGGUUUGGUCAAUUGUUUGUUGUAUCCGAGAAUCAAAAGUUAGAAUGGGCGGAUUUAUUCUACACUACAACUCUUCCUUCUUACGCAAGGAAUACGCGCUUAUUUCCGAAUAUUCCUCAACCAUUCAGAGAUAAUUUAGAGACCUAUUGUUUAGAAUUGCAAAAUGUUUGCAUCACAAUCAUAAAACAUAUGGCAAAAGCUCUUAAAGUUGAACCAAAUGAAAUACUCGAGUUAUUUGAAGACGGAGGUCAACAAAUGAGGAUGAAUUACUAUCCUCCUUGUCCCCAACCAGAAAAUGUCAUUGGACUCAAUCCUCAUUCUGAUGCGGGUGCCUUAACCAUCCUUCUACAAGCCAAUGACAUCGAAGGUCUCCAAAUACGAAAAGAUGGACAGUGGAUUUCUGUUAAACCACUCACCGAUGCUUUUGUCAUAAACGUUGGAGACAUUUUGGAGAUAAUCACCAACGGAAUUUAUCGGAGUAUCGAACAUCGAGCAACAGUUAACUCGGAGAAAGAGAGGAUUUCCGUAGCAGCAUUUCACAGACCUCAAAUAAGCAAAGUUAUAGGUCCAACACCAACACUUGUUACUCCUGAAAGGCCUGCAUUAUUCAAAAAACUUACUGUGGAAGAUUACUACAAAGCAUUCUUUUCACGUAAGCUACAAGGAAAGUCAUGCCUUGAUAUUAUGAGAAUCCAAAAUGAGAAUGAUAUGUGAUGAAAGUACCAUAGGAAUAUAAUUCAAUAAUGUGGUAGCAAAGGUAUAGUAAUUCAAUAAAUAUGAUAGAAAUUGAAAUUUGUAUUCAGAAACAA